CAAAACAAUUAUAAUAUGCAAUUCAUUUUGUGGGGAUUUCAACUGUCUUGUUUUAUAUGUCACAGGUUAUUGGUGGGAGCUCCAUAUGAAACCAACGGUCACCACCAGACAGGGGAUGUGUACAAAUGCCCAUUGGGAAAACGGUCCAAUGGCAGCUGCUCCAAACUCAACCUAGGAAGGAUUUCUCUGACUAAUGUCGCCGAGCGAAAAGACAAGAUGAGGCUGGGGAUGACACUGACAACCAACCCCAAAGACAACAGCUUUGUGGUCUGUGGACCCCUGUGGUCCUAUGAGUGUGGCAGCUCAUACUACAGCACUGGGAUAUGCUCUCGAGUCAACGCCAGCUUCAAAUUCUCCAAAACCAUAGCUCCAGCCUUCCAGAGGUGUGAGACCUACAUGGAUAUAGUGAUCGUUCUGGAUGGUUCCAACUCCAUCUACCCCUGGACGGAGGUGCAAGCCUUUCUUAUCAACAUUCUACAGAAGUUCUACAUUGGACCAGGCCAGAUACAGGUUGGAGUGGUGCAGUAUGGGGAGAAGGUGGUGCACGAGUUCCAUCUGAAUGACUACAAGUCGGUGGAGGAGGUGGUGAAGAGAGCAAGCAACAUCCAUCAGAGAGGUGGAGAGGAAACCAACACGGCACUCGGCAUCAACGUCGCUCGCUCAGAAGCAUUCAAACGAGGAGCCCGACGAGGCGCCAAGAAGGUGAUGAUCGUGAUCACUGACGGGGAGUCACAUGACAGCCCUGACCUUCAACAGGCCAUCGAGGACAGCGAGAAGGAUGGCAUCACCCGCUAUGCCAUCGCUGUGCUUGGCUACUACAACCGGCGUGGAAUCAACCCAGAGGCAUUCCUGAAUGAGAUCAAGUAUAUAGCUAGUGACCCCGAUGACAAGCACUUCUUCAAGGUGACUGAUGAGUCUGCCUUGAAGGACAUUGUGGACGCGCUUGGGGAUAGGAUCUUCAGUUUGGAAGGGACCAGUAAGAACGGGACAGCCUUUGGCCUCCAGAUGUCUCAGGCUGGCUUCUCUUCACACUUCGUGGAGGAUGGGAUCCUGGUGGGGGCACCGGGGGCCUACGACUGGAAUGGAGCCGUCCUGAAGGAGACCCGACAGGGGAAGGUGGUUCCACCCAAGUCCUCCUACUCACAGGAAUUCCCAGAGGAGCUGAAGAACCACGGGGCCUACCUAGGUUACACAGUAACAUCGGUGGUGUCGGCCAGGAACGGUCGGCUGUACGUGGCAGGGGCACCGCGGUUCAACCAUACUGGCAAGGUCAUCAUCUUCACCCUGAAGAACACUGGUAACCUCACCAUCCUGCACUCCCUCAAAGGACAACAGAUCGGGUCGUACUAUGGGAGUGAGAUCUCCCCGGUGGAUAUAGAUGGUGACGGAGUAACAGACAACCUACUGGUGGCAGCUCCCAUGUUCUUCAGUGGAGGCUGGGAGAAGGGCAAGGUGUACAUCUACAGAGUGACUGAGCUGAAUCGUUUCGUCCUGGAGGGAGCGUUGGAGAUCCAGGACCAUGGUCAGAACGCUCGGUUCGGCUCCUCGCUGGCCCCGGUCCCUGACCUGAACGGGGACGGCUUCAACGACGUGGUGGUGGGGGCUCCGCUGGAGGAUGACCACAGAGGAGCUAUCUACGUCUUCUUCAGCCAACGCAACAGGAUUCUGCGGAAAUACAAACAGAGGAUAGCUGCGUUAGACAUCGCUAGUGGCCUGCGCUACUUUGGCCGUAGUAUCCAUGGCAGUAUGGACAUGAAUGAGGAUGGCCUGGUGGACUUGGCCGUGGGGUCCCUGGGGCGGCCGUGCUUCUAUGCUAUCACUUACAACACCACCAUUGGGGAGCGCCGAUUCAACCCCAGAGCCAUAAUGGACGACCCUGAUAAACUGCUGUUUCAAAACCUGACCCUGCUUUCUGGAGAGGAGACCUGUCAACACAUCUACUUCCAUGUCAUGGUGAGCACUGACUGA